ACAUCACAUCGUGAUAUUUUUGUGGCUCUUUUGGGUGUGUGCUUUCUUCAUGUGUGUUGUGCUACUUAUGUGGAUUAUUAGGUGAUAUUAUUGUUUUUAUCGGAUAGUGAUUCUUAACCGCCAAGAUGCCAAAAUCGAUGAACGUCCGCGUGACGACGAUGGACGCGGAGCUGGAGUUCGCGAUCCAGCAGACGACGACCGGCAAACAGCUGUUCGAUCAGGUCGUCAAGACCAUCGGUCUGCGUGAGGUCUGGUUCUUCGGUCUCCAGUACACCGACUCGAAGGGUGACCUCACAUGGAUCAAGCUAUACAAGAAGGUUAGUGGCAUUUUGAUUUAUAAACAUGUUUGUAGGAUCAUUAAAUAAAUAACAUUUCAGUAAACAUAUUUUCUAAUAAUUGACACAUUCUUAAUAAUGUGGAUACAAAAGCAGGUACUUCAAUAGGGCCAAUUUUACGUUAUCUACGAAAUUAUAGUAACGCAAAACACGUUGAACGCGUGAUAAGGCCGCCAAUUGUACCUUUAAAUAUAUUUUUUUUCAUUCUUUCAUAUGUAUUUCUGGUGUACAAUAAAGUAUAUUUCAUUUCAUGUUUUCCGUAAAAUGAAAAUUUGUAAAUUUGUGAAAAAAAAAUCAAAGUGACGAUGUACAAACGAUAAAGAAGUAUUAGUGUAUUUAAUUCAUCUUAGGUUAAUAGAUUUCAAAUAAGUAGCAAUAUAUCUUAGAGAGAUUUCGGCUGUUGUUAUUGAAAAUUAAAAAGAAAAAUGUGUAAAGGUCGUCUAAGUGGCGACUAAUAAAAAAAUAAAAUUGUGAAGAUGUCAUAACAGGCAGGCAGCCAACAAUAGUAUCAGUUGUUCCUUUAAAUAUUGAUAUAAUGCAAUUUUUAAAGGUUUCCAACAACUACAUUCCUACUGAAAAUACCGUAUUUAGAUUAAAAUGUAGGAACAUACUACUAUUUAUAAUUAUUUGUUCAGCCCAAUUACUAACGCAUUAGCAACGUAUUCACCUUCUACAGUUGUGUUAACGGUUACAUUAUAAAGGCGCCGGCUGCAGGCCCCGCGAACGAAUCGCACUACGCAAUAAGAUUAUUUUUAGCGGGACUCGCCAAGUUCAAGUUUGUUUGUUCCGCGCACCGAUUUGUUGGUUAACAAGCCGAAUGCGUUAUGAUUUACGACCCGCUUGAGUUGCUGCAGUUCCCAUUCGUGCGCCGCUAGUUAUUUUCGGUUCAAUCGUCCAUUAUAUUAAUGUGUUCCGUGAGAUAACAUCUGUGGAAUAAUUCUUUUUUUUUUUUAAAUUGGCGAUAUCAUUGAGGCCUUCGGCUUGCAACAGUAUCAUCAUCAUCAUCAUUACAGCCUUUCAUAAGUUCACUGCUGAACAUAGGCCUCCCCCAAGGAAUGCCACAAAGCACGGUCCUGAGCCACCUGCAUUCAUCGACUUCCUGCAUGUCUUACCAGGUCGUCACUCCAUCUCGUGGGGGGUCGCCCGACACUUCGCCUACCGGUACGAGGCGGCCACUCAAGAACCUUUCUUCCCCAUCGGUUGUCGGUUCUUCGAGCUAUAUGGCCGGCCCACUGCCACUUCAGCUUACUAAUCCUUUGGGCUAUGUCGGUUACUCUGCUUCUACUGCGGAUAUACUCAUUUCUAAGUUUAUCACGCAGAGAAACCCCGAGCAUAGCCCUCUCCAUAGCUCGCUGAGCGACCUUGAGCUUCCUCAUACGGCCAGCAGUAAAUCCUACAACAGUAAAUCCUACUUUAUUUGUAACUAGGAACCCUCCCCGGCUUCACCUGGAUAGGAUCUAUCAAUGUGGCGUUAUUUGGAUUUAUUAAAGAACAUGUAUGUUAUCAUUUUUUUUUAAACAAAAAUGUUCCUAUUUUUUUGUAUAAAAUAGCCCACAUCCUUUCAGGCAUUGCUCUCUCUCUCUGUCUAUCUAUUCAUAAACUUUCAUCACGAUCGGUUCAGCCGUUACAAAGAUUAGCCCAGACAUACAAACAAUUUAAAAAUGAUUUUUUAUGUCUUAAUAUCAUGCAAAUAUACCUAAGCUUAAGAGAAGCCAGUCAUUUCAUUAUUACAGACGGACACUUAAAUUUUAUUUAUAUAUGUAUAGAUUUACUUGUAAAAUCUUUGUAAUUAAUAACUAGUGUGAGAUGUAUGAGUAUUAUAUAUACGUUCUUACGUCUACCACGAUUUGAUCCUCUUGAUGGCAUGACUGAGACGGCCUCGCAUAUUUUUUUUAUAACCAUUGAUGUUAUAUAUUAUAUUUUUAUAACUAUCAAUUUGUUAGUUUGUAUUGUCUUAUUGCGACUCCGUUAAGCCUGUUUUACUACAAAAAUUACGGGAACAAGCGUAUAGGAAUACUUAUCACAUGCAUCCUCUGUAUCCAAAUGAAUCUUAUAUUACUAUAUGAACAUUAACAUUGGCAUAGAAAUGUUUCAAGAAUUGCUUGUUAUUCAACAUGCAACGCGUUUCCGUCAUUUUGUUUUCGCUCAUUGACUUCAUUGUGAAUUUUUCUACUUAUCCUCCGACAUUGACCCGCUAAAGCAAUGCCAACGGGCAUGACUGUCGCAUGUAGCACAGCACUUAACCCCCAUAUUUUAUCAUCGAGGACGGCGACUUACAAAUUCGUCACUUAAAAAAGCUUCAUGAAUAUUUACAAAGGUCGAUCGGUUUGAUACUUUCUCUGAAAUGAUAAGGAAUUCUACGUGCCUAGUAUCUCUAUGCGAUGCAAUAUAAAAUGACGCUGAUCAUGUUGAGUUUUGAAAGGAUAUCGAGGCAUCAAGAAAUUUGAAGAGUAGGCCGAUCUGUAGCUUAGUCUGGUUACACCAAUAAAAAUGGAUGAAAUAAUCAUACCCUAUUCCUCUGCUUCCUUCUUAUUACUAUCAAGUUGACUAUAUGCUCGCUUGUUACACUUAUCCUAUAAAAUAAAAACCGGCCAAGUGCGAGUCCGACUCGCGCACCGAGGGUUCCGAACAAAUCCGUAGGUAUAUAAGUUUAAAAUUAUUAAAAAUAUUUUUAUUAUAUGAUGUAACUAAAAAUUUAUGCUUUUCGCAAUUUUUCCUUUAUCUGUGCUAUAAUACGUUGCUUCGUACCAAAUUUUAAGAUUCUGAGUUCACGGGAAGUACCCUGUAGGUUUUGAUUCCCUUGCGAAUUUCGAAAAUUUGCGGCAUUAACGGCUGUAUCUUUUGAUUGCGUUGGCUUAGAAGUUUGAUUUUUUCACAGCUCUCCAAGGGACAGUAGACUUGUAUUUAUUAUGAAUUUCAGCUUGAUACCUCCACCCGUUCCUGAGAAAAAGGGUCUUGACAGACAGACAGACAGACGGACAACAAAGUGAUCCUAUAAGGGUUCCGUUUUUUCCUUUUGAGGUAUGGAACCCUAAAAAUGCAUCGAAAAUUAUUUACAACUAACAAAAUAAUUUUAGAUGCAUAUGUGUGCGUCCAGCUGUGUGGGCUAUUCUGGGCAGUU